AUGAAGGCCCCCUUUUUCCCCGUGAGCUUAUCCUUCAAGGGACAAUCUGUGACACUGGAGAAUAGCGUCACCACAGCUACCACUGCCAAGGAAUUGUAUGCUCAGGCAAGACAAGCGUACGGAUGGGACGAGACGGUGGAAUUGAAGCUCUUGUUCAAGGGAAAGAAAUUGAAAGAAGACUCUUCUUCCGAAGCCGUCUUUGCAUUUUGGAAGCCCAAUAGCAGCAAGAAAGUACCCAAAAUUAUAGUCAUGGCCACUUCCUCCGAUACCGUCUCGCAGAUUGCCAACAAAAAGUCAGAUCCCUUAAUGAGAGGUUUCUCACAAUUAGCAGAGAAGGCGAAACAGCAAGAAUUUGAUUCCAUUUGGGGACCAUUGGGUGUCCAAGACAGGAAUUACAAAUUUGUUCGAUUUGAAGCCUGUACGUGGCAAUCCUUUGGUCACCGGCCCAAUGAAUCGACGCCCCAUGCGUUUGAGGCUAUCCGUUUGUUGGAACAAUUGGCUAAGGAUCCUGGUAUUGUGGCCAUUAUGAAAGAACGAGAACUAGUCGUGAAUACAUUAGGAGAAAUGGAUCCUAUUGAUGAUCGGAUUGCAGCCCAUAAGGAAAAGGAAGGUGGACGAGUAUUGGGCUAUAAUACCAAUCGUGGACUCCGAAUUGACAUCAAACUGCGAACCGAUGAUUUGAAGGGUUUUCGUCCCUAUCCCGAAUUGGCAGCCACCUUGAUCCACGAAUUAUCCCACAAUUGGGUUGGAGAUCACAAUCUUGUCUUUUGGACCAACUUUGCACAGAUGCGAGCCGAAUAUUUUUACCACCAUUUGGUGAAUACUGGUACGGGUUUGGUGCAAGGCAAGACCACUUCCGAAUUGGCGGGUCUCAAUGGAGUGAUUACGUCCAAAGAGUCCAUUCUUCCAGUCAUGGUACACGAAUUGGCACGGGACAUGCAACAGCAUGGUCUUAAUCCUAUCAUGAUUAAGGCACCCAUUCAAGAUCGGUUGCGAGAAUUGGAUCAGGAGUAUGCUUCCAAAAUCUCCAAGGAACAACGGCUGGGCGGAGGAACAAGUGGUGCUACUAGUAGUACUACUAGUAGUGGCGACAAUCCAGCUGCAUCGGCCCGGGAACGAGCCUUGGCGGCUGCUGAGCAACGGAGACGGAACCAGCAACAACAAGAACACCAUCAAGGAAGUCCUCAAUGA